UUGGGCCGCUCCGGCCGGUGCUUUGCCCCGGCUUCGCAGUGCGCUCGGCCAACCGCCUCUAGGAGCGCCCAGCCGAACGCCCCGGGAGCCGGCGGGCGGCGGCCCUUGCCGGGGGCCCUCCAGCGGGCCCAGGGAGUGAGUGGGGCAGCAUUUCCUUCUCCCACUGCUGCUGAGAUGGCGGAGAUUAGUCGAAUUCAGUAUGAAAUGGAAUACACCGAAGGUAUUAGUCAGCAGAUGAGGGUCCCGGAGAAAUUAAAGGUAGCACCACCAAAUGCUGACCUGGAACAAGGAUUCCAAGAAGGAGUUCCAAACGCUAGUGUCAUUAUGCAGGUUCCAGAGAGGAUUGUUGUAGCAGGAAAUAAUGAAGACAUUCCAUUUUCAAGACCAGCAGAUCUUGACCUUAUUCAGUCAACUCCCUUUAAACCUCUGGCACUAAAAACACCACCUCGUGUACUUACAUUAAGUGAAAGACCACUAGAUUUUCUGGAUUUAGAAAGACCUCCUCCAACCCCUCAAAAUGAAGAAAUCCGUGCAGUUGGCAGGCUAAAAAGAGAGCGCUCUAUGAGUGAAAAUGCUGUUCGCCAAAACGGACAGCUGGUCAGAGCUGACUCCAUUGUGACACCAUCGCCACAACAGGUUCGGGUCUGUCCUCCCCAAAUGUUACCUGAAGAUGGAGCUAAUCUUUCCUCUGCUCGAGGCAUUUUGUCGCUUAUCCAGUCUUCCACCCGUAGGGCUUACCAGCAGAUCUUGGAUGUGCUGGAUGAAAAUCGCAGUGUGAGAAGACAAAAUGAAAUACGUUGUGAAAGACCUGUGUUGCGUGGUGGGUCUGCUGCCGCCACUUCUAAUCCUCAUCAUGACAACGUCAGGCAUGGCAUGUCACAUAUAGAUACAACAAUUGAAGGAACUUCAGACGACAUGACUGCUGUAGAUGCAGCUUCGUUAAGAGGGCAGAUAAUCAAACUAAAUAGACGUCUACAACUUCUAGAAGAGGAGAACAAAGAGCGUGCUAAAAGAGAAAUGGUCAUGUAUUCAAUUACUGUAGCGUUCUGGCUGCUUAAUAGCUGGCUCUGGUUUCGCCGCUAGAGGUAACCUCAGCUCUCAAAAAUAUUGUCUCAACAGCUGCAAAUAUAAAGAAUUUGCAAACUUAAAAAAAAAAAA